GUUGAUUUUUAUUUCGCAUAACACAUACACAUUAACGCAUAAAACACUUUCACUUUCUAUUUUACACUUCAAGUGAAACAAUAAUAAAAAUACAAAAAACUGAAUUUUUACAAUUUACAACCGAAUAAUUCAAUGAACUUUGCCGACCACAAAGUUUCUACAUUCUCCCCGUGCUAAGCAAACAAGAAAUAAUUUAAUUCAAUUAUAUUUCAAUAUGAAACAUAUCAAAUCCACGCCAUAUCAGCGCAACGCUAAGUUGCAACCCUACGAUAAUCUUGAUAUUGAUGUUGAGAAUGCACGCAAAGCAGUCGAACGUAAGUUGAACUACUUAUCCGAAUCCAAUUACAUAGCGAAUUCCUCGCGCGCCUUAAGACGUCGUUCCCAACGCUCAAGCGAGGGUAUCCUAGCACCGGGAGUACAUCAUCGACGCAAGCACAACGCCAAAAAGAUGUCUCAGUUAAAGCCAAAGGAUGACUUAUCGCAUAUAACGCGCGAGAAGAAUGUGGGCUUGAAAGCCUUCUUCCAAUCGCCGCGGCGCAACGGCCUCUCGCCACGCGAUCUCUUUCCUGACGACGAGGACGAAAUCAAAUACGAUCGCUCACUGGCCGGCCAAGCGCAAGAUCAAUUCGAUCAGAAUCAAAAUAUUGCUAAUUCGAAUCAACGCAGUCAGAUGAGCAUUAAGCACAUACAUAAGCCCACCUAUAGCUGCAGCUCAUGCGGCGCCAUCUUUCACAUUAAAUCACUGCUGGGAGCCCAUCGACGCACCCAUGACGACGACUUCAAGGUGCGUUUCCGCACUCGCCGCCCACGUGAGGACAUCAGCGCUGCAUUGACGUCAGCAGCCAUCGCCGCCAGUGGCAAGCAGUGCAAAUUCUGUGAUCGCGUAUUCGACCUGGAGCGUGCGUUACGCAUACACCAGAUGUGCCAUUGCAACAAAAUAACGCCGCAGCAGCGACGCAAGCUGGGCUUCACCGAUUUGGCGCAUGAGAAGAAAAAUGCGCCGCUGCCAACAUUCCAGCGCCUCCCCAAAGGCGUGCAGCCCUCGCUGCCCAGCAUCAAUGUACCCGAUCCGAAUAUGCCGUAUGUCGCGCUUGGUCCGGCUGCCCUCAAAAUGAUCGAACAGGAGCAACAGCAAAAGUCCAAGCGUCGCAAUACUAAGUACAUUGUGAAGGCGGCUGGACCCAUGGGGCGUUGGCGCUAGCCUGUGCAACAACUACCAACCAACAGCAGUAUAACAAGAAUUAAACCAACAAAGAGCGCGUAAUUGCAUUGCAGUCGGAGCCACAAUUUUUGAAUAUUGGCGUUGAAGUGAACAGUUUGCCUGCCGCACAAGCAAAAGAAAAAAAAAAUGAGCUAAAACAAUUUGUCAAACAAAUUGAAAACCAAAUUUUAGUGACAAAAAAAAAACAUCAUCAACUAAAACUAAAUACAUACAUGUCUCUAAUAAUCGUUGAAUGCAAAUGCAUUUUUGUAAAAUAAUUCAAUUGCAAUUUAUUAACAGUGGCCAACUGUGAAUAGUGAGACGGCAGCUGCUUCCCUGAAUAUUAUUGAAAACUUGAGUAAUUAUAAUGAGCUUAAAAUGGGAAUAAUUAAAGGCGUUUAUUGUUGUAUUGAGCAUGAAGAAGUGAAUCGGAAUUCAACGCUCUAGGCAGGAAUAUCUUAUGUUA